AUUUGCAGCUAACGGAGUAGCGCUGUGUUCCCCUGGUUUCCUGGCCCGACUCGGAUCCUCACGGGCCUCCUGGCUUCCACCGCAGCCCGUUGGGCAGAGGAGGAGCGGUCCUCUCCCGGUCCACUCGAUCAGUUCCGACAAACUCUCCCGCUACCCGCGUCGGACUCGGCAGCAAGCACCAGGACACCAUGAUCGGCAAGACUCUCUUCGCGCUCUGCAUCUUCACGGCAGGACUGAGGGUACAGAGCAUGCCUACAUCAGCCCUCUUGUCUGUUUCUUUUCCGGAAAAGAGUAUCUCACCAGCGACCUUCUGGACAAGCUCCCCACAAAGCCCUCUUGCCUCUCCCACCAGUGGCAUGCCCAGCAGCUCAGUUACAGCCUCUUCAGUGCAGACAUCUCUACCCCCCAAGAAUGUUUUAACAGAGUCCACAGAACAGGAAACCACCUUGACUUGGGAAGGCACAAACACAGACAACUUAUCAACAAGCAGUGGGGUCCACUUAACAUCCAUACCCACCAAACACAGCUCAGGCAUUCCAGAGGCAAGUGUGCCAGCCACAGGGUCGAAGUCCCCCCCUGAGUCUCCUGCACUCCCCUCCCCUCAGGCUCCAGCCUCAUCACUUCCAACCUUAUCAACCUUACCACCCCCAACCCUAUCAACCUCACCACCCCCGACCCUAUCAACCUCACCAGCCCCGACCCUAUCAACCUCACCACCCCCAACCCUAUCAACCUCACUACCAGAGGUUUCUUCUGUCUCUGACAACGCCAACCACAGCUCCACUGAGACCAGUAUCAAGACCACAGGAGUCCCAACCACACCAGAGUCCCCAGCACAGGAACACAGUUCUGGCCACACGCCCACUCCCCACGCCACGUCGGAGCUGGUGCCUAUGGAGACAACGCCCCAAACAACUGUGCCAGACAAAUGUAUUCUGGUAGAUAUCACCGCCUCCCCGAAGAUGACCAUGGAGCACGCACUAAGUUCAGGCAGCAUCGCCGCCAUCACAGUGACCGUCAUCGCCGUGGUGUUGCUGGUGUUUGGAGUCGCAGCGUAUCUGAAGAUCAGGCAUUCCUCCUAUGGAAGACUUCUGGAUGAUCAUGACUACGGGUCCUGGGGAAACUACAACAAUCCUCUGUAUGACGACUCCUAACAAAGGAACAUGGCCUGGGAUGAGGGAUAACUGCUCUUUAUUUAUAAGUGCUUAUCCAGUAGAAUUAAUAACAAGUACCUGAUGUGCAUUGAGCGACAAUCUUAAGCCCUGUUUUAUUGGUUUGGUUGCUUCAUUUUCCUCCCUCUCCUUUGGCUGCUAUAACUUCCCCUUUCUGGUACAAAAAGAACCAUUAUUUAAAGGUAUGUGGAGACUGACUUGCAGCUAAAAUGGGCCAACCUUGAGCGCUGUGCCAGACCACCAUGAUGGAGGCUUCUGUACCCACCACAGGACCCACUGUGAGGACAGAGGAAGAGGAAUCCAGUUGUUUUGAUAGGGGUUACUUUUAGGGAAACUUUUUGUUUGUGGUAUAUCUUAGACUUUUAUUUAGAAAAUUACAUUAAAUCUCAAUCAGUGGGGAGGAAAUGAGUUCUGGGAGGAUCUCACCCUGCAGGUGAGGAAGCAGGGAUUUCUCAGAUUCCUUUUUAAUAUCUAUUUAUCUGGCUGUGUCUGACAGGACCCUUGCUGGGCUCUACAAGCUGUAUCCCAGCCUCUUAGCUGCCUAGUUAAUGAAAGAGGAACUGGAAAGUGCCCCUGAGGAGGCCAGCAGGCAGAGGGGCACAGUUGCAGGUUGCCUCAUAUCUCAGCAUACCUUCUACCUGUUCUCCCCGCCAGGCCACCUGUCUCUGCUAAGGAUGCCUGCCCUAGUCAACACCAGCUGGGAUCCCAGCCCACGAGCUUUCAGUGGAGUUGCGGUUCCUCGGGAGAAGGCUAGAAGAUGAACUUAGUUAGAGAUGAGAAAGCGGGAGGCAUGUAGAGGGAGUGUACAAUGAGGGGAAUGGAGGAGGGAGGAGCUGACAUGCACUGAGUACCUCACUAGGUAAAGUGGGAAUCAGUCUCAUUAACUGUCAGAGGCAUCCACUGGUUGGAGGAGCCCAUAGAUUCCUUGCUUUAUGCCCACAAAACAACUGGUUCACUGCCAACUGUCUGUUGGAUAAUGGCCGUAAACUGUUUUCUAAAAAAAAAUUUUAAACUAUCUACAAUUGCUCAGCGAGGCAUUUCCAUAGCAAACAGACAUGGUGGUUAAUCCAUUUAUUUUUCCCACCCACAUACCUUAUUAAUUCUGCCCUCUAAUAAAUCAAAACCCCUGGGUGGAGAGUCUUUAAAUCACGCACAACAGAUUUUGAGAAAUAACUGAUCAUUUUUGCAGGUAUCCACUGAUUCCAGUGGUUCUCAUCCACCAGGCAGUUUUGCACCCCACUCAGGGGUGGGAGGGACAUACAAAGACAUCUGGUGACAUUUUUGACUGUCACAUCUUGGGGCUUCUACUAGUGAGUAGAGACCAUGGCUUCCCUAAACAUUCUACAUUGCACAGAAGAGCCCACAAAAAGAAUUAUCUGGCCCAAAGUGUCAAUAGUGCUCAGCUGGAGAAUCCCUAAUGUAUUUCAAUGCCCAUCAUGACAGAACAGGACACUCCCAGAUUUUUAAUUAAAUAAAAUGUAUUCGUUUUUUAAUCUCAAAAGUGUUUAAUUUGCUAGCUGAUGGAUUGUUUUGAGCACGCCAGGUGCCUUAAAUUUGUGUGUUCAAGAUGGCUCUGUGUCAUGGUAUAACUCUGUCCUCCUACAACACCUGAUAUUAGUAACCAGUGUCUGAUGUCCUGAUUUCAUGGAGGAGAAAAUAUACAUCAGAUCCCCUUCCAAACGGUGUUCUGUUGUCUAACAGUGUCAUAAAGAACUUGGCACUGGUCAGUUUUUAUUUCUAAACUUGGACCUGCUGCCACAACUCUGUUAGUUUCCAGAAACUUGACCCGCAGCUCAUCCUGUCACUCCUUGUGACCAGCAAAGUGCUGGCAUGCAAACCACCAUUGCUGUGCUGUCCUAAACCCCUGUGGUGCCAAAGACACCAGGGUCCAGGCCAUGUCCACAAGCCUGCCAUCGCACACUCUGCAAGAAUUUAUUCCUAAACACAUAGGCACCACAGGAACAUGAGCAACCUCCAGAGGAAUUUCACAAAAGGAGUGGGCAAUGAGGAGUGGAAUGCUGAUAUCUCUGAUUGUUUAAAACCAACAAAAAAAAUUGUUUACGUGGACAUGCUCAGAAAGAUGGCCAGGAACGACAAAUGGUGCCCUCGCCAGCAACACUUGGCCUGAAUAAUUGUCCCUCUUCCCUACCCUCACUCCCUGCAUAGGCUCUAAGUUCGGCAAAGGAUGAUUCAAUAAAAACAGAAUAUCCCAUAUUUUUCUUCUCCCUCAGUCAAAAGCAUUUUGACAAAGUGUCCGUGAAACACCUUGUAGAGGUGCACCUCUGGACAUUGCUUCCGUCAUAAUCACUGGAUCAGAGGAACCAGCCUCUUGCCAAGGAAUUCUGACCUACAUAAGCCACGGACUCAGCCAGCAUGUUUCCUUACCAAAGGCUGCAACUGUGCAAGAGCAGCUGAUGGUUUGUUGUUCUUAUGAAUUUUCAAGUCCUUAUGGAAAAGGGAGAGAUCUGAACCCAAAGCAGGUCUCAAUCAGCAGGCAGAUAUACACCUUCCUCCAAGGCGACAGCUUUCUAUCAAACUCUCACACUCUUUGUUAUGUUAGUAUAAAAUACCAAUGGGAUGAACUUUAUUUUGCCAAAUGCAUUUUCUUUUCUAUUUUUGAGUUGGCCAAAGGAUUUUAGCAACUGAAUUCAACUUGCUACACACACACAAUAUAUAUAGAUAAUUGAUGACCUUUACCUCAGGGAGAGUCUGUCCAGCUCUACCCAAGGGAAAUAGCUCCAGUGAAUUUAAACAGCCACAUGCCAUCCAGGGACAGGACUAUUCAAAGCAUUAGAGGAAUGACAGAGCAGGGGGGAGGUGAACAGCCUCUUCUAAACUAUAGCUUGCAAAUGAUGAAAUGAUAAAAUUCAACUUUGUUUUCAUUUCCCAUGGCCCCAGUGAAGUCCCCUGCUCUGUUUGGAUGUCUGUGUCUUCAUUUCUUAAAUGGGGGUGAUGUUUUCACAGUGACCUCACCCAUGCUACCUCACAAAUACGUUGUGAGGACUAAUGAAAUCAUGUCUACAGUGUUUUCAGUUUCUGCAAAAGAAUAUUUAUAGACAUUUUAAGUAUUUUAAGUAUUACAUAGAUAUAUAAGUGAUCUCAGUUUCUUGUUUGUUGUUAUACUGGUGUGUUGUUUUUACUUAAAUCUAUAAAAUGACAGCUGUGUUGUAGCCACAUCAGAUGGCUAUUCCAGCUCCAGGCUACCCCCAGUACAGCUGACUGACUGAGGGUUAACCAUGCCUGGAACUACAAAGGUUAGUUUCCAUCUGCAAAUGAAAGAUGGCUUGAGGCAUAGGUCUCACAGACUAUUGAGUUAGGAUCCAGAAGGUUAGGGUAGGACAGUAUGGAUACCUGAGCACUAACAGUAAUAGACCUCUGGCUUUUACCAUCCUGGGGUCUUCUGGAUUCUUUGUGGAGUUGAUUUUGGUUUGAUAUCAUCUGUUUGCCCUCCAUCUUGCUUACAAGGUUGCAUAGUUCAAUUCCUUGCAUUUGGGAAAUGAAUUUUGCAACUGGGCCAGAUGCUAAUUUGCACGUUGAUUCACCUUCUUUGCCUUUAACCUCUUCUUGGCAAAUGAAUGUACCAUUUCAACUUUGAUUUUAAAGUGCUAGUUGGUAUUGGUAAUAGUGCUAACCAAGAGACCAAUGCCAGAUUGCUUUCUUGGGGUGAGUUAGCCACAUCAUUUAAAGAUGGAAAGACCUGCAACUUUUUUGAUAUUUGAUGUAAUUGUAUCUACAUU